GGGACGUUUGAAGUGAACUGACAUUUAAGGAAGGAAGCUAGGAGGGAAGGAAGAGGUGGGCAUACAGGAAUCGCAGCCUUCCACAUCAUCAUGUCUGUCAUCACUUGGGAGGUUGUUGGUGAUCACUUUCUCAUCAACCAAGCGAGGAACUCCAAUCCUGAUCAUAAUGAAGGCAAUGCUGAGGAGAGGAAAGAGGAACAGGAUGAACCAGAAGCUCGACUAAUUAAACAAGAAGAGAUUGAAGUCUGCAUCAUUCAAGAUGAAGAGGAAGUUGUUGUGAAGCAGGAGACUGACACGUAUAUGGUGACUCCCAUUUGUGAGGAAACAUUUCACGAUGAACCAGAACAUCAGCAGAUGUUGGUGAGAAAGGAGGAACCAGAACCAGUACACAUUGACAACAGACCAGUUGAAGUUGGUGCCUUUCAGGGAGAAGACCAGUGUGUAAUGAAGCAAGAAACUGACAGCUUUGUAGUGAGUCCUGCUUGUGAAGGAAGAAAUAAUGUGCCUGAACUAAACGGCGAGAAUGUGCAAGACAGAAACUUUUCUUGUGAAGUCUGUGGUAAAUGCUUCACUAAAUGUAAUUACCUGACUGAUCACAUGAGAAUUCACUCGGGUGAAAAACCUUUCUCAUGUCUAACUUGUGGAAAAGGAUUCACACAGAAAACUAACUUGAUCGUACACAUGAGAACACAUACGGGUGAAAAGCCCCAUUCCUGUCAGUUAUGCGGGAAGUCUUUCAGAGCCAGUGGUCAUUUGGCUAGUCACAUGAGAACUCAUACAGGUGAGAAACCAUACUCAUGCCUGGUCUGUGGAAAGGGGUUCACUCAGCAAAGUAACCUCACUGUUCACAUGAGAACUCAUUCAGGAGAAAAACCAUAUUCUUGUGAUGUUUGUGGCAAAGCUUACAGUGACAAAACCUAUUUAAAUGAUCACAUAAGAAGUCACACAGGCGAGAAGCCUUAUUCUUGUAAAGUGUGUGGCAAAUUAUUCAGUAACCGGAGUCCUUUAACUAACCACAUGAGAACCCACACAGGCGAGAAGCCGUAUCACUGCAAAACCUGUGGUAAAACCUUCAGUGACUGUAGUAAUCUAGCUAAACAUAUGAGAACCCACACAGGUGAGAAGCCUUAUUACUGUAAUGUGUGUGGUAAAGCUUCUAGUGACAGUAGCAGCAUGGCUAAACAUAUGAGAACCCACACAAGUGGGAAACUGUACACUUCAUAAGUCUGUUGGGAAUCUUCCAGGGAUUUUUUCCUUAUCACAUAAGAUCUGGUGCCUAUCUCCAGGGGUCACAGAGUGAGAGGCGGGGUACCUGGAGAGGUCAGCAUCACAGGACAAACAACCAUGCACACACACCUCAAUGAAAUUUAGAGAGACCAAUUAAUCUAACAGUCAUGUUUGUGGACUGAGGGAGGAAGCAGGGAGACCAUGCAAACUGCAUGUAGAAAGACCCCAGGCCAGGAUUUGACCCCAGGACCUUUUUGCUUCAAGGCAAUAGUGCUACAGAUUGCACCAUGACAGCCCCAUUUUAAAGAUAGACUUACGCAGGUGAGAAGUAAAUUAUUUUCUACCACAGAUACAUUUUGUAAUUAAGGGACCAUUUUUGUUUGCAAUCAUGGGGCAGAAAAGCCUAACUCAUGGGCCCUGUCCCAAUACCCACACUACACCCUACACCCCUCUAUGAAGGGUUUACUUUGUACAAGUGCAUGUAAGGGUUGAAGUGGGCAGGUUACAAGCUGCAAAAUUGGAGA